CAACUUCAAGGGAGAGAACAAGAAAAAAAAAAAUGCAAAACAACCAAUCAUCUCUUCCAAUGAAAAUGUGCCACGUAUACAUGAUCGGAAACGUUUUGACUCAGUUCACUUUGGUUUAACUCGUUAUCGGAUUAAAAAUAAAAAGCCUCUCUUUUUUUGUCUCAGUGAGACAAUCGACUUUCUAAAAUCGGUAAACGAUUUCAUCUCUUAAAGCUUCUCCUCCAUUCUUCACACGAGUCAAUUUAAUUGAGGGUUUUGUUUGAUCGAUUCUUGAAUCAGAUCAAUCUUCAAAAACUAGGAUGGCGACUGAGAAACCGAUUACUACGGAGACUGUUGCUCUCACUGAGAAGAAAAUGGACAUGUCUUUAGAUGAGAUUAUCAAGAUGGAAAAGAGCAAUACCAAUGUGAAUAAGGGCAAGAAACAGAGAGUAUUGAAUAAAAAGGAGAAAUUUAGUGGUGCUGCGAAGAAUAGUGCGGUGAAAGCACAGCGUUAUAUGGACUCUCGGUCUGAUGUUAGACAGGGUGCUUUUGCUAAGAAGAGGUCUAAUUUCCAAGGAAACCAGUUUCCUGUAACAACAACCGUUGCUCGUAAAGCCGCUUCUGCUACUCCGCGUGGUAGACCUUAUAAUGGUGGAAGGAUGACUAAUACGAAUCAAUCAAGGUUUAUUGCUCCACCAGCUCAGAAUAGAGCUUCACAAAGAGGGUUUGUCGGAAAGCAGCAGCAGCAGCAAAGGGAGAAGAUAGUGCAGCAGCAGGCAAAUGGAGGAGGAGGAGGGCAAAGGCAAUGGCCUCAGACACUGGAUUCUCGGUUUGCAAACAUGAAGGAAGAGAGAAUGAGAAUGAGAAGGUUUGCAGACAAUAGAAGCAAUGUAGGCAACAAUGGAGCUGGAUCUCAUCAGCAGCAGCGUUCGAUGGUCCCGUGGGUGAGAAGAGCUACAAGAUUCCCCAACUGAUUUAUGACCUGCAGAAUAGUGUUGUUUCAAGGGUAGGGUGAACAUAUUUGCUACUUAUGUAGUUUGGUUUGGAUUCAUUGUUUCAAGUGUAGAACAUUCGUAUGUGAAGCUCUAAAACCUUGAAUCUUUUUCUUGGCUGUCCUUAGUGUGUUUUGACCAUUUUACUCUUUCAUCUCUUCGUUAAAAAAAUCAGUUCAGGUCAUUUUCUCUCGCGUGGUCGGCAUUUGACAUUGACUCCUUUGUUCUUCACCUAUAAAUUUUUAAUUCGGGACCUCUCUUACUUCGACAAGUGGAAAGUGACCCACACUAUCACACACCUUGG